UUUCUGUAAAGAGCCCAACAGUAUUUGGCUCUUAAUCAAAACUCCCGAGCCAAUCGACCUUCAACUUAUAUAAAUUCCCAACACAAAGUUCAGUAGUUUUCAGUAUACAAUUCACUCUCAUUUCAUCAUCUCUUUCUAAAUUAAAGCCAAAAUGAGAGCAAUAAUGUCGAUUGCUACUCUCAUUUUGUGUCUUUGUUUGCAUUCAUUUCCAUCUUAUAUUCAUGCAGCUUCUUCAUCUCCAUCUUCAUAUUGUGACAUGACUCCUCAUCCAAAUUUUUGUCGAUCUCAAGAACCUCAAAACAAACCAACCAACGUCCAAGGUUACGGUCGUUAUUCAAUACAAAAAGCCUUGUCAACUUCAACAUCCUUACUUAACUCCAUCAAUGGUUACCUAAAUUCGGGUCGUUCAUCAUCGUCCAAAACCUUAAUACUUGCCCUUCGAGAUUGCCAAACACUCCUCUCUUCAAACGUAGAAAUGCUCUCCAAUGUUGCUCAAACUGUCCAAAACUCAAAUACCCUUCAAACCUCACAAUAUGAAGAUUUUGAGACACUUCUUAGUACAACCAUAACCUACAAACAAACUUGUCUCGACGGCCUUGAAACGGCCGGUUCAUCAGUUGCGAAUGAAAUUUUGCCUUCACUCAAUAACGGAACCAUGCUUUGUAGUAUGUCUCUUGCUUUCUUCAAGAAAGGCUGGGUCCCUCCUAAAAGAUCUAGGUCUCUUGCGGAAUUAUUUCGGCCUUUUUCGUCGAUUCAUCAUCGGAGGAAGUUACUGCAACUUACUGGCGUGAAUGUUAACAAGAACGUGACCGUGAACCCUGAUGGAAGCGGAAAUUUCACUACCAUUAACGCCGCCAUUGCAGCUGCGCCCAAUAUUACAAAAUCAAGCCAAGGAUACUACAGGAUUCAGGUUGCCGCCGGAGUUUAUGAGGAAUACAUCAACAUUCCUAGUUACCAGAAGUAUUUGAUGAUCGUCGGUGACGGUAUAAACAAGACCAUUAUCACCGGAAAUCACAGCGUCGAUGAUGGAUGGACAACCUUCGAUUCUGCCACAUUUGCUGUGAAUGCACAGGGAUUUAUAGGGGUGAAUUUCACAAUCCGAAACACAGCGGGAGCAGCAAAACACCAAGCCGUAGCCCUUCGAAACGACGCCGACCUCUCCGUAUUUUACCUCUGCAGUUUCGAAGGCUACCAAGACACACUAUACACACAUUCAAAGAGGCAAUUCUACCGGGAAUGCGACGUUUACGGAACCGUAGAUUACAUAUUCGGUAAUGCGGCCGUGGUUUUACAACAUUGUAACAUUUACUCAAGGCUUCCGCUUCCUGGCCAAUUCAACACCGUCACGGCGCAGGGCAAAGUCGACAUUAACCAAAACGCCGGCACGUCCAUACACGACUGUAACAUUAAGGCCGCCGACGACCUGGCGUCGAGCAACGGCACCACACAAACGUAUCUCGGGCGGCCGUGGAAGACGUAUUCCACGACCAUCGUCAUGGAAUCGUUCCUGGAUAGCCUGAUUAAUCCCGCGGGUUGGGCGCCUUGGUCAGGGAAUCAGUCGCUGGAUACGUUAUAUUAUGCCGAGUAUAAUAAUACGGGUCCUGGAUCGAAUACUUCUAGUCGGGUUACCUGGCCGGGUUAUCAUAUCAUUACUAAUGGAUCUGAUGUUCUUAACGUUACGGUGUCCAAUUUCAUAUCGGGAGACAAUUGGUUACCGUCUACUGAAGUUCCUUAUGUUGGUGGUUUAUUGUAUUAUCCAUGAAAUCUUUUCAUGUUAAUUUGUAAUAAAUUUUUUGCUUUCAUGGAGAGGAAGAAUAUGCUAAAUCUUGUAAGUCGAGAGACGCAUAUUGGUCGUCUCCCCUGGAUUAGUUUUCAUCUGGAUCUCAC